CACAGAGAAGUAUCCCCCAGUCAGUCUCUGGCUGCGGGUGCAAGAGGUGUUUGCGAAUCCUUUUACCUUUUUUUUUAAGGUUACAGAAUGUUUCACCUUUCAGUGGGGUUUUGAAUUUGGAUUCACAGUGUGUACAUUUCUUUUAACUAUUGCGUUUAAUUUUUCAAUCAGCUGGUGAAUCCAACAUUAGUGCCUGUGACUUGUUUUGUUUCCAGAGGAGGAUUUGUGAGAUGCUAACCAGUUCCAGCUGAUCGACAAACAAACCAGCCACCUGUGUCAGUAAGGAUGUGUCAUUUCUAUACCUCACACUCGCAUCUGUUGUUGUUUGCUGCUUUGUGGAGCCUCAGCUGCCCGAGUUCGCUCGCUGCCAGGCCGGGCAUCGGUCGAAGCAAGCCAAAGGAUCAGCUGGACCCCAAUGUGCGGGACUGGGGAGACUAUUCAGACCUCCCUCCAGGAAUCGAGCAGGGACUGGGGUUGGACGAAGAGGCAGAACGUGGGGACAACAGAGGAGUCGGAGAAUCAACAUCGAGCCUGGCUCCGGAGCUGGAUUUCCUGGCAGAAUUUGCAGCUAAAAAACGUCUGUGGGUGAUAACAGCCCCAUCACACAAUGACCACUACUUGCGUAUGAUGGAGAAACAACUGGAAGACAUGGAGCAGAAAGGGCUCAACUGCCGUCUAGCAGAAAGAGACACCUUCAUCAUCACCAUUAUCCAGAACGCCAUGAUGGAAGGUCGGCUACAGAAAACAACCUUCCAAGGAGAAGCCACAGUAGAGAGCCUAGACCCGGACACGGUCACCAAGCUGCUGCACUACCUGGAGCUUAACAGCCAGGAGCAAGGCUUCACCAUGCUGGUCCUGAAGAAGAAUCUGCGGGUCAGUGAGAGGUUUCCCUAUCCGGUCCGUGUUGAGGCUAUUUUGGAGCUCAUAGAUCAAUUCCCCAUGAGGAAGCUGGAGAAGAUGACCAGAAAAGGAGCCAACUUGAGUUGUAACGCAACUAAAAAGAAGCUUGUGGUGAAAAGGAAAAAGAUAAAGAGGAAGAUGGUGCUCAGCCCUCAGAGGCAUGGGAAUGUGACGUCUGUGGUGGCAUUACAAAGAAAACCUCCUCUGGACAAGAAAGCUGCCCUGAAGAGUAAGAUCCAGGACAUACUAAGUGGACGGUCGAGGUUUGUAAUCCGUAAGGUGGCGGCUGUGGGGUCCACGAGGGGAAAGGACUCGAGCGGUAGCGGUCGUGCCGCUUCUAAUGGGCUGGAAAAAGAGAGAGCGCACAGUCCUCCCCCUGUGUCAAGCAACAAAGAGGAAGUGAAGAAAAACAGGCCUGACCCCGCCGUGGAAGAAGGAAAGAAAAAACACAGAGGGAAAAACAGUGAGGAUGAAAAAGAUCAAAAUGUUAAGGAUGACGUGCAGGAAAAACAAACCUCUAAGAAAAAGGGAAAAGGAAAGAAAGGAAAGAAAGGAAAAGGACGUGGGAAGAAGUCCAACAGAGAAGUCAGCGAGAAGGAUAAAACAGCCUUAAAGGAGUUUUUGGACAGUUUAAGGGGAACAAGAAGGUUGAUGCUGAUCUCGACGCCCAGCAGAGAUGCAACACUUUACAUCCAGCAGAAAGAAGAAAACGAGAGGCAUCACUGUGACCUCGCCACCAGGAAGAUCUCUGUGGCGACCAUCGUGGAGGGCAGUGACGCCACGCUUACACUGCAACACCACCAGCUCAAAUCGGAGGCUCCACUCAGUGACGUACCAGAGCAGUUGUUAGAUCCAGGCCUGAUCUCCCUGUUGAGAGCGGAGCUCGGCCUGUCGUCCCCUGACCUCUUCUCCAUGGCCGUCACAGACUACGACAUCAAGUCCAGUAGAGUCUUUGAAGCGCCACCAUCAAGCCCCGCUCUGUUUGAGUACAUAGACAACUUUCCCUCAAGGCGUUCAGAAAAAGAAAAGGAGAGGAAGAGUCCUCCGGACUGCUCCAAAGACAAAGAGCCUGGAGCAGAGAAUUCCCUGCUCAGGUUCAUGUCAAAGAGGCGACUGCUGCUCAUCUCGGCUCCCUCUGAGGACGACUACUCCUUCCAACAGCAGCUCUCUGCUCUCAGCAGACAGGCGUGUCACCUGGGUAUUCGCCACUUUGCCAUGUUAAAGCUGAUAGGAACUGGGGACAAAGCAUCAGGCACUGUUGAGUUAUUUCCGCUAAAUGGUCGUAGUCAGAGUGAGGUUGAGCCCUUAUCCCGCGACAUGGUCAACAACCUGAGAGAACAGCUGAAGAUCAGCAAGGACUACUUCAGCAUGCUGAUCGUGGGGAAGGACGGCGAUGUCAAGGCAUGGUUCCCCUCGCCCAUGUGGUCCUUGGAUAACAUUUAUGACCUGGUGGACUCCAUGGAACUUCGCCUUCGGGAGGAGAAGCUGCAGAAGCGACUGGGGAUCCACUGCCCCGAGGAGAGAGGAAGAGGAGGCAGCGAGGCGGGACACUAUCGAGGCUAUGAUGAAGACAGGGCGGAGGAGAUGUACUCAUAUCACGGGUCAGAAGAAUGAUGAGGAAAGAAGGAAGAAGGAAGAGGAGGCAGUGAGGAAGACCUACCUAAAUUCUUGAGAUGAGAUGGACAACACAGGGAUUCUUAAAAUGAGCAAACUAAUAAACAUAAAAGAAUAAACAUCAAAAACUCAUCUUCAGGACUUACAGGAGUUGAUGUAUCAUAUGUUUGCAAGUAAUGAAAAUGACAAAUGUGGAGCAGAAAACAGUUGAAUGGUUUAAAACAAGAAAGUCUUGAUGAAAGCAUAUGUGCACUCUUCAACUGUUCUUUAGAAAGGUCGGUGCUCUGUGAUUAUUUUGCUGAUGGCAGCCGCAGUGGAACAAGGAGGAAUGUCCAUGCAAGGCCGAGCACAUUGUUCUUUUUGGCUUCACAUCUGUGCAAUCUUUCCCAAACACAUUCAAUGUGUGACAUAAGAAUACAAAUGGAAAGUUCCAGAGACAUUUGAGAUGCUGAAAACUGUGUUUUAAUGGAACAAAUGUUGUUGUUUUUAGUUUUUUUACUCUGAGCUAAACAUCUGUUUUUAAAGAGCUGCAGUCUGCAGACACCUUAGGGUCAAUAAAACAAUCAGUUAUUGAUGCUGGACUCUUU